GGCCUCCAUCGCCAAAGCAUCGACGAGCUUAGCACAAGCAGCUAGCUACUUAGCCUACUACAGAGAGGGCACAAAUAUACAGCAGACAGCAGAAAGCCAGAUUGAAUACAAUGGCCUCCUCCUCCUGCUUCCUUCUCGCCGCUCUUCUUGCAUUGGUCGCUUCUCAGGCCAUUGCUUCUGAUCCUAGCCCUCUCCAAGACUUCUGUGUCGCCGACAAGCACUCGCCUGUGCGGGUGAACGGAUUUGUUUGCAAGGACCCUAUGACUGUGAAUGCGGACGACUUCUUCAAGGCAGCCAUGCUUGACAAGCCUAGGAACACCAUGAUGAGCAAGGUGGGGUCCAAUGUCACUUUGAUCAACGUCAUGCAGAUCCCUGGGCUUAACACCCUAGGCAUCUCACUGGCACGUAUCGACUAUGCCCCCUUAGGCGAGAACCCACCGCACACCCAUCCACGUGCCACUGAGAUCCUCACAGUGCUCGAGGGCACCCUCUACGUCGGUUUCGUCACGUCUAACCCAGACAACAAGCUAUUUGCCAAGGUGCUCAACAAAGGAGAUGUGUUUGUAUUCCCCCAAGGGCUGAUCCACUUCCAGUUCAACCCAAUUUACAACAAGCCAGCAGUUGCCAUCGCCGCGCUCAGCAGCCAAAAUCCAGGGGUAAUUACAAUUGCCAAUGCAGUCUUUGGAUCGAAGCCACCGAUCUCGGAUGAUGUUUUGGCAAAGGCAUUUCAAGUGGAGAAGGGGACAAUUGAUUGGCUCCAAGCUCAAUUCUGGGAGAACAACCACUAUUAAAUAAGUCAAGCACGUGUUCAUUGUAUGGGAAGAUUUCUUAUAUGCACUUUGCAGACAAACAACAUGUGUUUUUAGUUUCGGUGCUACAACUAAUAAAAUAAAGGGCAUGAAUAUCUAUAAUGUCACUGUAAUUGCAUGUGUUUUGUGAACUGAGGUCUUCUUUUUUUCUUUUGGGAACAUGUUGGGACAGGUGAACUGAGGUCAUAAUCUGCUACUAUGUCAUGUUUUGUCCUUGUAUAAUGGAAAGAAUACAUCGUUACGAAA